AAUUAACGAUGCCAAGUACUUGUUGUUGUGUACCUGGAUGUCAUUUAAAUGGAGGACAUGCAUUUCCAAAUGACUUAAAAAGAAGGAAAAGUUGGAUCAACGCCAUGGCCCAUACGCAGAUUGGACGAGAACACGAUGAAAUCGUGGAGUCCAUCUCAAUCAGCUGUUGUUUGCAAGGCACAUUUUACUGAAAAAGACUACGUGCAGGAAACUAUUCAUGGGCGCAAACCCACCAUGCAGAGACUUAAUUCUACUGCCAUUCCCAGCCUAUUUUCCUGGACCAAGCAAGAGACUGAAUCGUCCACAAAAAGAAAAAUCAGGGCAGUUUCCUGUGAAAACAAAAGAACUAAACUUGAUGAAUAUUGUAGUAGAAAUCUAGAGGAAAGUUUUGAUUGUAAAGUUGGUUUUCCUGAAGAAGUCAUUCAUACUGCAGACAGGAUUUAUGACUGUCCACCACCAACUGCCGAGCUAAUGUUGAGCUUCACAGAUGGAAUUACGCAAACACCAUCAAUGCCUAUAUUUUCAGCAGAGAAUUUUGAAAUGAAGACACGUGACACAGCCAUGCAUUUUUAUACCGGUUUAGAGUUGUAUACUAAAUUUUUAUUUGUUUUGACCACACUUGGUCCAGCAGCACAUUGUUUGAGACACAUAUAUUUUCAAAUGGAUAGGGUGUCAUUUGAAAAUCAGUUUUUUUAUGACUUUGAUGAAAUUGAGGCAUUAUACAACCAACUUUGAACUGUCCAGAUUCUAGAUUGAAACUAGUGUUAAGAAUGUUGUGUAAACAUGGAUUGUUUUUAUUUUUAAACAGUGGCAUGAGGCUAACAAUUGGCCAUUUAGUGGUUUAGUCAGGUAUUUUUCGCCAUCCAACUUCAAAUUAAAGUUUCCUACAACUUGGAUUAUUAUUGACAGCACAGAAUAUCCCGUGAUAAAACCUAAAGCUCCUAGAGCUCAGGCAACCUUUUCAUCAUAUAAAAACAGAAACACUGAAAAUACUUGUAUGUUCGACACCUGGUGUUUUAGUCAUCUAUGUCUCUAAUGCAUAUGUUGGUUGUACCAGUGACUGUGAAAUAGUUGAAAGAUGUAGAAUAGUUCAGUUAUGUGAUCCAGGUGACAGUGUGAUGGCAGACAAAGGUUUAAAUGUGCAAGAUUUGUUUGCUCACUUUUUUUCAAAAAAAGAAACAGAAUUAGUUCCAAAACUCUUAUACCAGUGUAUACGGGAUAGAAAAGUCUCCAAUUAACACGUGCACAUAGAGCUAAUUAUUGGACUUGGCAAAACAUACAAAAUUCU